AUGUUUGGACCAAUAUUUGCCCUGAUUGGCGUCUGGGUUUCCUAUUUGUACCCAUUGACGGAAUCGUUCAAGUUACUAGCUCACAUUGACCAGUCCAAACAGCCUGUUGUAUUGCCGCCUCAAAGCCAGUUCCAAAGAUGGUUUGUUUACUGGUUAGUUCUAGCCGUUUGCACGAUGGUUAUCUCUAACCGAUUUGUUGCCACCAUUUUGAGAGUCGUUCCGUUUGGGUCUUUGAUGGUGUUAUAUUUGAGAUUCUGGCUGGUAUUUCCUCUUGUUUCUGUUGAUCCCACAGGGUCCAAAGUGACAGGCUCUUAUGUUCUUUAUCAUUUUUACUUCAUGAAAUGGCUUGUGCUACUUAAUCGGUACCUUGGAGAACUUAAGACCGCAGACUUUGUCAGAUUUGUUGCCGAUAUUUACAACAAGGUGAUCGACCAGUACUUUUCCAACUACCAGUUUCUCAAAGUUUCUGCUCCGCUCAAAGAGGAUAAAACAACAGUGGAGAUGAUGAGCGAUUUCUGGCAAGCUUCCGGCUGGGGAAAACCUCCUGGAGACCAGGGUCCAUUUGCCGAUUAUUUCCCUCAACUACUGGUUAGCUCGCUGGUUUCUCCUCUCAAGUCCAUGUUGUAUGGCGAACACAAAGACGUUAAAGAAGAUUACGACCUGGUGAAUAAAGACGAACUUUCCAGCGAAAACGCAAGUUCCACAAGUCUGCCUCGGCUGAGACAGCAAAGCUCCUCCAGCUCUUUGCGCAAAACCACUCCGUCAGGAACGGAGUCGCAGUACAGAGCCUCGUCGUGGGGUUUUGGAUGGAAAUCCAGAAGCAGCUCUGUGAAUUACGUCGAGGAGCACUAA